CCCGGCCUCACAGCCCACCAUCCCGACUUAGCCUCCGUCCCCAGACCGCGCCGCCAGCUCCAUGACCGAACGCACCAUCCACUUCCUCAUCUUUCUCUCUCACGGACCUUGACGACUUUCUUUUGUCGCCCGACGACGGCAAAACCUCUACUCCCUCCCUUUCUCUCUCUCUCUCUCUCUGUCUCUCUUCUCUCUCUUCUCUCUCUCCAUCUCCCACUUUCUCGAACCUAGAGAGAGAGAGAGCCCUGGCCCGCUCUUACCUGCCCUACCUCUCCACUCCUCCCCCAGAGAUAAGCCGAUCCUGUCCAUCCACAUCCGCCCAGGCCAACCGGGCACCUGUUCGUUAUCGACCUCCGCAACACGCACCCCAUUGCCAUCGGCCGCUAGCGACGCUCUACCCGCUGGUGUUGCCUAUCUCCGCUCCUUCCCACGGCAUUGACCACACCGGUUUCGAUAUGACGACUGCCGUUGCCAUGCAGCCCGCCAUGCCUCGCUCCGACCUCAUCCCUCUCGCCGCCGCCCGUCCCAAGUCCAAACUCUCCAUGCAGGGCAAAGAGAACCUCUUCUCUCUCAAGCAGCACGCGACCUCGCCCCGCCACGUCUCCGCCACCCCCCAGGUCCGCCCGCGCCGUGAGAGGCCGUGCGACGCGUGCCGCCGCCGCAAGAGCCGUUGCGUCAUCCACGAAGGAGCUCUGCUCUGCGUCCUUUGCGAGUUUCACAAGCAAGAGUGCACCUUCGUCCAAUCCCCGCUUCCCCGCAAACGCAAGAUCAACGUCGACGGCCAGCGCGAAGAGAGUUCCAAGAAAAGGUCCGUGGAGCGCGAGCAACAACCUCAGGCGACGACACGACCGCAGCCCUCUCCCACCACCAAGUUCUCGCGACAAGCCCCGCAGCUGCGGGACCACACGGGACACGCGCUCCAGGAGACGCUGGGGCUCCAACGCCGCCAGCACAGCCGCUACAUCGGGGCCACGACGCCCUUUGACCCCGUCCUCAUUGGCCUCACGCAAUUUGACGCUCGCAACGAGAGCGUCUUUGACCUGGGCGUGUUGCGCAAGGUCUACGAUAAUGAGCAUUUCAUAAUGCUGGCAGACGAAAACACACAAGGCUUUGAGGGCGAGGCCGAGGCGCUCAACUCGGUCGAGGCCGUGGUGGCACCCCAUGGCUCUACCCUGAUAGACAUUUACUUCCGCAACAUUCAUUCCAACUUUCCAAUCAUCCAAAAAUCUCUUUUCCUGCAGCGGCAUCGUGAUGCCGAUCGGCAGAUCUCACCACCCUUGCUUGCGGGCAUCUACAUCCUAGCCCUUCAGUUCUGGCACAAUGACCAUCGGGUGUCGUCUCUGCCCAAGCCCGACGUGGGCGCGCUCGAAGACAUUGCGACGAAGUGGCUGCCCAGGGUCAUGGAGCGGCCGAAACUCUCAACCAUUCAAGCCGGCCUCCUUUUGCUCCAAAGGCCCGAGUCGGACUCGUGGAGCCUGACCACUCAGCUGGUUGCGAUCGGCCAAGAGCUCGGCCUGCACCUCGACUGCUCCGACUGGGCGAUACCCCUGUGGGAGCGGGGCCUGCGGAAACGCAUCGCCUGGGCCUUGUAUAUGCAAGACAAAUGGAGCUCGCUUGUGCAUGGGCGCCCCUCGCAUAUCUCGAAUGCAGACUGGGCCGUGACGCCAAUCACGGACGAGGAUUUUUACGAGGAAGGUCAGGCGGGCGAGGUUCUGCAGCCCGGCAGCGAAGAGGAGACCGUCGAGGACGAGCAGGGGCAGUAUGUAUUCGCGCAGAUGAUUGCACUGACUGCCAUCAUGGCCGAGGUCAUGGACACGUUCUACACGCAGACGGCAAUGCGGGACUUUGAGGCUGCCGGCAAGAACAGCACGCGGGUGAUCCUCGAGCGGGCCAAGCCGGUGCAGAUCAAAUUGAAGGAGUGGUUCGCAAGGCUGCCCGCCUCGACCAGGAUCGACAGCAGUACUAUGAGCGGCAACCGCGCACCGUCGUCGACAGCUACCGGCGCUCUGCACCUCGCCUACUUUGCCACGGAAAUUACGCUCCACCGACGCAUCGUGCAAUCGCUGGACCCGCAAACAUCGGACCCCUACUUGCUAUUCAUAUGCCGCAGCGCGGCCAAGACGCGGCUGAUUUCGGCCAUGGACUUUGUGAACCGGCUGACGCCAUCGCACCUGACGGCCUUUUGGUACUUUGCGUCGAAGAUCAACUUUACGCUGAUCGGGACGUUUGGCAGCCUGCUGUGGGCGACGGCGCCGGGGCAGGAGGAGGCCGAGUUCUACAAGACGCGGCUGCGCGAGUACCGCUGGACGUUGAGCGUGUCGGCGGCGCGGGCGGGGUUCCUGAAGUACGCGGUGCAGAUGCUGGAUGUGUCGCGCGCGAUGCUGGCGAACUUGGGCGAGAAGCCGAGUCUGGCGCAGCAGCAGCAGCAACAGCAGCAACAGAACCAACAUCAGCAACACUUGCAACAUCAACAGCAGCAUCCACAGUUCCUGAGACAGCAGCAGCAAACCCACCACAACCACCACUUCGGCGGCGCUGUGGGCCCCAUGAAGCAGCUCCCGCAGCAAUUCCACCAUCACCACAACAACAACAACUUUUCCUCUUCCCCCGCCAGCGCCACGCCGCGCUUCCUGCACCAGCGUGCGACAGCCUCAGGCGCCGUGCAACACCACCCGCUGCACCAGCAGCUGCAGGCGUACGCGCAGCAGGACGAGCGCUCGAGCUCGACGGCGUCCGGGUCGGGCGACUUUGGAGGCGGGUUCGCGGACGAUUUGAGCGUGGACAUAUACGACGACAUGGAGAUUGAAGCGGACGCGGCGGCAGAGGAGGGGUUCGCCGGUGGGGGUGUUGGGGGCGAGGAGGGGGACGAGGAGGACGAGGAGGGGACGCCGGAGAGUUUGGCGGAGGGGGAGAUGUAGAUUUUCUUUUGUUUUGUUGUAUGCUGUUUAUAUGGUUUGGUUGGCUCUUGUUGCAAGCGAUUGGUUGGUUGGUUUGGUUUGUUUUCUUCUUCUUCUUUUGUUGGUGGUAGUGUUGCGUCUUCCUGUGUGCGGUUGUAGGAUGAGUCUUUUCUCUAUAUACCAUAGCAUCUCGUAGCAUAGCGUAGCGUUGGGAGGGGAGGGGAGGGGAGGAAGGUGUGCAUACCUGUUGAUUUGUAGGCAGCGCAGUAGUAGUGUAGACAGGCAGUGAACAAACAACAACAACACAACAAAGUCACAUUUAAAAAAGAAAAAUACUUUAUGGCUGUAUUCGAGUUUGUGUAU